CGAAUUUGGAUCAAUGCGCUGUCGUCAUGUAACUCGCGAGUAGUAGAGAGAGAAACAAAGACGAGAAAAAAAAGAGAGAGUUGUAGAUGGUCUUUCCAUCUCCCGUUUUUUUGAAUAUAGGUUGUGAUUCUCGUUCCUCAUCUUUCUCUCUUCCUUUCCUCUACAAACCAGGGGGCACAAGAUUUGACGUUGUUGUUUCGUUGGAAAUUAGAAAGAGAUAGGUAGAGAGUUGGAUCAAUAACAAAAAAAGAAUGGUAUCGGACAAUGAGAAGGGUUUGGUCUUAGCUGUGGCGUCAAGUGUAUUCAUAGGUUCCAGCUUUAUUCUGAAGAAGAAAGGUCUCAAACGUGCUGCUGCCAAUGGCACCCGAGCUGGGAUUGGAGGUUAUACCUAUUUGUUAGAGCCACUCUGGUGGGUUGGCUUGGUCACAAUGACUUUUGGAGAGAUUGCAAACUUUGUAGCUUACGUUUAUGCUCCCGCUGUACUAGUCACUCCUCUCGGUGCUCUAAGUAUAAUCAUCAGUGCUGUUUUGGCACAUUUCUUGUUAAACGAGAAACUCAAGAAAAUGGGAGUUUGGGGAUGUGUUUGUUGCAUUGUGGGAUCGGUUAUGAUCGUCAUACACGCACCUCAGGAGCAGACUCCCAACUCUGUUCAAGAAAUCUGGAAACUAGCAAUGCAACCAGCUUUUCUAAUUUACGUAGCCGCGUCAAUGUCCAUUGUCCUGGCUUUGAUUCUUUACUGCGAGCCUCUAUGCGGCCAAACCAACGUUCUUGUUUACAUCGGAAUUUGUUCAUUGAUGGGUUCUCUAACAGUUAUGAGCAUAAAGGCUGUAGGGAUCGCAGUAAAGUUAACACUGGAGGGUAUAAACCAGAUUUGGUAUCCAGAGACUUGGUUCUUUGUCAUAGUUGCAGCAGUAUGUGUCGUUACGCAAAUGAUAUACCUGAACAAGGCGCUGGACACAUUCAACGCAGCAAUUGUAUCUCCAAUCUAUUAUGUAAUGUUCACAACCCUCACAAUUGUUGCUAGUGCGAUCAUGUUCAAGGACUGGUAUGGGCAAGACACAGAGAGCAUAACCUCUGAGAUAUGUGGAUUCAUCACGGUGCUAACAGGAACAGUUAUACUGCAUGCGACGAGAGAAGAGGAACAAGCUUCUUUAGGAAGAGUGAGAUGGCAGGAAUCAGGGAAGAGCUUUAACGAAGAACAUCUCGUAAGGUUGUACAGUCCCCCAGAUCAUCAGGAAAAUAAAACCCCCAAUAAGACCGUAACUGUGUUGAACUGAACGAGGUUGGUGUCCAAAUCAGAAGAUUAUAAUCAAAUUGCAUAUCAUCUCAUCUCUCUAGUGCGGAAGAAUGUAACUUUUUGUGUAUACUUGAUGUUGUGUAGUAGUAGUAGUAUUGUUUUUUGAGAUUUCUCUAUACAACAUUGGGGGUUUUAGAGAAAAAAAAUUCUCUAGUCAUUUUUUUUUGGGCUUAUAAUCGUGACAAAUAAUAUAUAGAUAUACUGAAUGUUAUUUAUUUAUUUUUACAUAUUUUGAGAUAUAC